CGCGGCGACGCUCAGUCUCGUCCGUCGCAAUCCAGUGCAGAUAUACGUGCAAUUAUCUUGUCAACAGUGCUUAAAAUCUCCGUUCGUGCUCUCGUGCCGUGUUACAUUGGCACUCAGUGAUCGAUAACUCUCGUCAACGAAUAUCCCGUUGUCGAUCGCGGCACAUUCCGCGAUUGCUGGAAGAAGAGAAAAAGAAAAAAGAACUAGAAGCGCGGCGAAAAGAGAGCGAUAGUGAAAAAGUUCAGAGCGCGCGUGAUAAAUUCGGCGCACUUCGGAGAUGAUUUGAAUCGACCGUUACCGGUGCGGUGAAAGUGAGCGAGCGAAGGAACCCGGAACACAGUGUGAAGUUUAACAAGUUUAGACAGUGAAUCCGGUGCGCGCCGUUCUCCAACGCGCGUGGGAGGGUGAUACGCUUGAGAAUAAUCGCCGAUGUCGAGUCCCUUCGCGAAUGUACAACGAUCGCGUUCGUUCGAAUAAGUAACAGUAGUCGACGAAGGGAAGAAGAGAGAGGAGCGUAUCGGAGAUAUCGCGACAUCGGAGACAGAUGUGGUGUCGCGUAAUUCGGCGUGGUUUCGUUUACGCAUUCCGUUAAUUCCGCGAGUGGUGAAUAAGUGCGCCUCUAAAUUCGAAGAAAGUCCGGUGGUGAACUCAUCGAGGAAAUUUGACACUCCGUGGACUUCUUAUCGCGCUAUCAAGAUGAAGAUUCGCCACCUGUGGCUAGAAGCGGCCGUCGUUUUCUUCGCAGUAACAAGUGCGAGCUGCCUGCAGAAGGUCAGUCUUGAGAUAGUCCCGGAGGUGGUGCAACGUGGUCAGGAGGCGAUUCUACGGUGCCAUUAUGAUCUGCAGAAAGCGCCACUCUAUUCUCUCAAGUGGUACCGGGGCAGGCAUGAGUUCUACCGAUUCUCACCCAGCGAGGAUCCACCUAUCAAGAUCUUCAACAUCUCCGGAAUUUAUGUCGACUCUGACAACUCGAACCAGAGCCAGGUAAAGCUCCGCAAAGUCGACUUCGGCGUCUCGGGUACAUUCAGCUGCGAAGUUACGGCAGACGCGCCGACCUUCUCCACGGCCUCCGGCACGAAGAAUCUCACUGUAGUGUCUAUACCCAGUGGCAGACCCGUUAUCGUAUCGGAACGCGAGCGCUACGAUAUAGGAGACAUGUUGAGGGCAAAUUGCAGCCUGCCGUCAUCGAAGCCGCCGGUUCACUUCUUAUUCACGCUGAACAACAUGCCGCUGGAGGCGACUGCGAGGCAACACCGGACGAAAGACGAGGACGAGGCACAAUGGAGCGAGAUCAGUCUCCUCCUUCAGCCGUUUCAUUACACGAACGGCCAAUUGACUCUACGUUGCACCGCACAGAUACCAGGCAUCUACUCGACGAUGAGCGAACUCCAGCUCGGCACGGGACUACGCGAGCCCGUGCCCGAAAGAGUAACCUCAGAAAACGGAAGCGACUCGCACACGAUGACGUUUGUGACAAUACUCUGCCUGGGCAUGCUCCAUCUGCUUCUGAGAUAGUCACGGCACGUCUGAGACUGCGAGAAGGGACGUCGCAUAAUAAAUAGCACACUAGUCAGCAAGAGGAGGGGCUGGAGGAACAGACGAAGAAGUUUAAGGACCGCGUAUGGAUGGCGCAGAAACAAAUAAUAUUAUUAAAUUGAUAAAUUACUUGAGCAUUUUCCUUUUUUUCUUAUCUAAUGCAUUAAAU